AUGGCAGCACCGACCCCUAACCGCCCGGCCGUCGUCGGCGACCCCUCAGGCCCGGAGGCCCCCUACCCUCUCCAGAUGUCCGGCCUCGUAAUAAGCGGGUUCGGCCGCGGCUCCAAGGAGCUCGGCAUCCCGACCGCCAACCUGCCCGUGGACGACACCAAGACCCCAUGGAUCUCGUCGACCCCGUCCGGCGUCUACUUUGGCUGGGCGUCCCUGCGCCUGCCGCCCUCUCACCCGGAUUACGAUCAGCAACAACAACAACAACAAGAAGAAGAAGAAGAAGAAGAAGGACUAAAUGGCUCUGUGACGGGUAAGAAGGGACCGCGACUGCGGGGCCGCAACGGCUUCACGGUGUACCCGAUGGUGAUGUCGAUCGGGUACAACCCCUUCUACAAGAACACGGUGCGGUCGGCCGAGGUGCACGUGCUGCACGGCUUCAGCGCCGACUUCUACGGCGUCGAGAUGCGCCUGCUCAUCACCGGCUUCAUCCGCGACGAGAAGGACUACGGCGGCCUGGACGCGCUCAUCGCCGACAUCAACUUCGACUGCGACGUCGCCAAGCGCAGCCUGGCGCGGGAGGCCUGGGCGCCCAGCGGGUUAGACGUCGAGGUCGACCUGCCCGGGAACGGGGCCGGGGACGGGGCCGGGGAAGGCGUCGGCGGGGCCAAGGUGCUCAGGGGGACGCUGGACUGUGACUGGUUGAUACGCCCGAGUGAAUUGGUGGAAGGGAAGGGGGAGUAA